UAAUAUAUUAAUUUUUAAUACUAAUUCUAUAAUAAUAGUGGGAAACCCGCUUGGCUAGUGUUUCAAUUUUCAAAGAGAGCUAGGGAGAUCGAAGUUGCUCGCUCGUCUUCUCCAUCGAAAUCGCUUUAGUCGGUUGCUUGAUUUUUCUUUUUUGCUCUAAAAAACAUGCUUCCUCUUUCUUUACUCAAGACUGCUCAAGGCCACCCAAUGUUGGUGGAAUUGAAAAACGGAGAGACUUACAAUGGGCAUUUGGUCAAUUGUGAUACUUGGAUGAACAUCCAUCUCCGUGAAGUUAUCUGUACCUCUAAGGAUGGAGAUAGGUUUUGGCGGAUGCCUGAAUGCUACAUUCGUGGGAAUACUAUUAAGUAUCUUCGAGUUCCUGAUGAGGUAAUUGAUAAAGUUCAGGAAGAAAUCAAGAGUCGCUCAGAUCGGAAGCCACCUGGAGUAGGGCGUGGAAGAGGAAGAGGUAGAGAAGAUGGUCCUGGUGGAAGGCCAGCAAAAGGGAUUGGGCGUGGCCUUGAAGAUGUAGCUGCUAAGGGCAUGGGUGGAGGUCGUGGCAGAGGUGGUCCAGGCGGAAAGAUUGGUGGGAGCAGAGGUGCAGGCCGAGGCCGGGGCUAAAGCAGGCGAUGGGUGCCCAUCUGCUGGGGCAAGUUUGCUGCUUUUAGGCCCGAUUUCUCUCUAUAGCAUAAUUCUGUUUAAUGGUUGAUUUCCAGAACUAAUAUAGGUAUAGGAAGCAUUACAUAGAAACAGAAUUGAAGAACUUGUAUUCUGAUUUGCCUUGCGUUACUGGUUUGGUCAUUCACUAGUUAAUUCUCUGGUUUAUCUUUU